AUGUGGAAGUAUCGAUAUGACCGACCCGACCUCCUCGCCAAGGGUGAGACGUUUCUUGUGGGGGGUUACAAGGAUGUGCCAGAUGGCUACGUCAAGGCGUGGCCUCAUGUCACCACCUGGCCGAACGUCCCAAAGGGUAAAGGGAAGGCAUUAGAGGGGGAGGUGGGGCCAGCGGGGAUUGAGCGCUACAUGACGAUGAAGCUCACCCGCCACGAGCUACGGCAGGCAAUCCCCAAGCUGGUGGUCACAUGUGAUCUUCCUUUACGCAUUAUCGACGCUGACGCUGUGAGUGCCUACUGGAUCCAAGGUUUAUGGCGACUUCACCCUCUAUAUGUGUCCCCUUCCCUCCAGUUCCGAGAGCUGCUGAUGUUGUGGAACGUUCAGUGCCGAGAAAAGAAUUUCAUCCCUUCACGCUGGGCAGUUGCACGCGACACUGUGGUUUUUGCUGAGGCCGAUCUAGAGGCGGCCAUUGCGGAGCUGGUGUCGAAGGUGGGGGAGCUGGGUUGCAAGGCGUCCUACAGCAUGAACAUGUGGACGGCGCCCACCGGCAAGGCGUUCAUUGUGGUGACGGGUCACUGGGUGGACGACGGGUGGUAG